AUGGGUCGAAGAAAGAUUGAGAUCAAGGCCAUCAAGGAUGACCGCAAUCGCUCAGUCACAUUCCUGAAGCGCAAAGGCGGUCUCUUCAAGAAGGCACACGAGCUGUCCGUGCUCUGUUCCGUCGACGUUGCGGUUUUCGUCUUCGGCAACAACAAGAAGCUGUACGAGUACUCGUCAGCCGACAUGCGUGAUCUGAUUACUAGAUACCAAUACCACGGUGGUCCAAACGAACACAAGGGCCCCUCAGAUUUCAAUGGCGGCAACGAUGAUGACGAUGACGAGGAAGGCGAUGGCACACCCCCUCAACCCGAAGGCCUCGAAGCGCACUUGAUGCCUCCGCAGUACCACAACCAGCCGCACUUCCCUCAGAUUCGCCAUCACACACCUUCAGCAUCUCCUCCUAUGCCACAAAAUGGUACAUUUCCUGGACAUCCUCACCACCGUGGACAUACACCGCAGCCCCAGGUCGGAUCACGACCUGGUUCAAGGAACGAUGUUCGUCGCAUGGGACCAAAUAUGGCGCCUCCUCAGGGCGGCCAUCCCGGCAUGGGCUAUAUGCCAACACCUCCCCUUUACAAUAACCCUCAUGGUCAACCUGGUAUGAUGCCUCAACAACAGCAGCAGCCUCAGUAUCCGUACGCACCACCCCCACCGCCUCAGCAGCAGCACCAACCUCAACAUCAGCCACCACCACACCAGGGACCUCAACAUCCACAGCAGCACCAGGGACCACCGCAUCAGAUGCCGCAACCACCUCAGCAGCAGCCACAGCCACCUCAACCUCCGGUAUAUAUGGAAGAAAGACGAUCAUCUGUGCCGCCUCCUCCCUUUAUGUCGCAGACUCCCCCUCAGCCUCAGCCGAUGUCCAUGCCUCCCGCUCGCCCUGAACCAUCGCCUCCUCAAGCAAACCUCGCCCCGCCCCAGAACGUGCCUCAAAUUUCCACAACUCCCCCUGAGCCGGAACGACGAGAACUUCUGCCUCCACCGCCACCGCCUGAGGUCAAGAAUGAGCCCCUUGAUCGCCCCCAAAUGCCUCUGUUGAACACCGACAUGGCCAUCAAGAAGCUCCCAAGGAAGUCGCACAGUAUCUUUACCCCCAUCGAGGAAAAUCGUUCGCCUCUCUCGCAGCACUUGGCAUCCUUCGCAUCCGAGCCCGCCAAGUCGGAAUCCAUGGCCGCUGCAGCUGCGGCUAAUGCUAACCGCCCACACUCCGUCGAUGUGACAUCUGCUGCUCGUACCUCACCACCACAGAACCGAGCCAGGACACGGACAACCUCCGUCUCAUCUGCUACCGAGACGGUUUUUACCCCGCCCUCUCGAUCCAAUAGUUUCAAGACAGGUCCAGGUUCAGCAAGCGGAGCACGCCCACGGGGCCCUCGCCUCACAGUUCAGAUCCCUGGUGGUGGCUCGGAGCCUAACAGCGCUGUUUCUGAGUCCAACUCGCCUAAGGGUGCGAAUGAGAGCACAUCUCAAACCUCCCAACAACAAAGUUCGCAUUCUUCUGGAGUAGUUCUUCCACCGCCCUCGCCCUCCGCUGCCUCGGCACUUUUGUCUGCAGGAGCUACGGGACCACCAAACCCUUUCGCCCGUCCCCUCCCUCAGCAGAACAUGGAGACACCAGCCUCUGCACUCCCCUCCCGAUUCCUUGGUACCGAGUUUCUGCCAAGUCCGAGCAGUUUCUAUAACGACUGGAACUUUCGCAACGGUGAUAACACCUUGCCUAGCCCGUUGAACUUUGCAACCCCAGUUGCGGGAUCGGGCCCUAGCUUCUUGAGAGAGGAGACUAACUUCAACUCGAGCACUGCGUCAACCAGUGCCCCUACAGCUGGCGCAACUACUGCUACAGCUGGAGCAGGGAAACGCAAGAGUAUCGGGGACGAAGAGAACGAUCACAAUGAGAGUCACGACCUGACCACUGAUGCCAAGAGAGUCAAGGUCAACUAA